GGCCGGAGAGCGGCACGGGCGGGACCGGAGAGCGUGAGAAGAAUGGGUUCCGUGUCAGAGGAGCUCAGCUUGGUCCCCUUGCACCAGAGGCCGGAGCUGCUGGAAGCCUGUGCCAACCUGCUGGGCGAGGAGUGGGGGAAGAGCCGGGCGUCGCGGCUCCACACUCUCCAGCGCUCCUCGGACACCUUUCCUGCCUGCCUGCUGCUGCUGCGGAGCCAGGGCCCCAGCAAGAGCCCCGCCGCCCGGGAGGGGCCCUGUGAGCUCGUGGGCCAUGCCCGACUCUCCCGCGUGGUCGGUCGUCCCCAUGACCUCUUCGUGGAGAGCGUGGUGGUGGCCCGGGCGCUGCGGGGCCAGGGCUAUGGGCGGCGGCUGAUGGAGGCCACUGAGCGGUGGGCCCGGGCCCGGGGCUUUCGCUGCCUGCACCUCACCACCCACGACAAGCAGCAUUUCUAUGCCCACCUGGGCUUUGUCCUGGGUGAGCCGGUGCAGAAUGUGGCCUUUCUCAGCCCAGCUAUAUCCUCUGAGGUGCUGCGGCUCUUCUCCGCCCCGUCUGGGGCUGCCACCCCCACCACCGCCAGGCCGUGGGUUCCCGCUGCCCCCCCGCCGCCCCUCUCUGUCCCCCCACCACCUCCCCCACCGACUGUGAUCUGGGCGAGGGGUGUCCUGGCUGAGAGCAGCGAGCAGAGCCUCCUGGAAACCCCACACCGCGAUGCCAAAGGGCUCCCCAUCUUCUGGAUGAAGAAGGACAUCUGAGGAGCUGGGGCCCCGAGCCAGUGAUUAAAAGCAGUGCGGGUGGGAGCUGCCCGCCGCAGCGCUGCCUGACUGCCUGCCAUUCUUCAGCAUGGUGGUCCCACUAGUGCCAAUCCCCCAGCACCCCAGGCUGUGGGGUUGGCACUAGUGCCCGGGAGCACUGUCCAGUCCCACCAGUGUCUCCUCCACUCAGGAUUUGCUGCGGGGCAGCUGGGGCUGAUGGCAUGUGGUGGCCUCCAGCAUGGCCACAGCUGUCCUCACGGAGCAGCCUGGGGAAACUGAGGAACAGGAUAGCCGUGGGGGGCACUGUGGGAGUAGGGCACGGUGGCGGGGCUGCAGAAUCAGGUCCCCUGCACUGCACGGUGUGGGGGGCAGGUGGCCAAACCCCUCUAAGGCAGCCGGCGUCAGUGAGGGCCAGAGGCAUGGGAGCGGGAAGGUCAGAGAGAGCGUCCGGCCUCGCAACGAGGGAUUAGCACUGUCCUUGCUGUAUCACGCGGCCCUGAGCCCGUUCCCCGCCUAAUCCCCUCAUUCUGGGCAGCUGGCCAGCACCAGGCAGGGGCACCAGACCCUUCUGGCCCUGCCUGGGCUGUGAGGGACAGAGCUGCCCCUUUGGCACCACCAUGCCUCUUAGGGGACAGUCAUUCAGCAGGUCACCCAGCCUGGCUCAGCACUGCUGAAAUGGGGACUGGGGAGUCUUGGUGCCUCCACUACAGGCAGGACUGCGAAAUUGAGGCACCAGUGGCUUGCAGUGCCACUCCAGAGCUGUGCCAUGGCUGUGGUGGUGCAAGCAGGGUCUCAGCACCAGAGAGCACAGAGGUAACACUGGCAGUGCUGAGGCAGGGGGGGGGUCUCAAACCCCUAAGUGUACCCAGUCCUGUCAGGUUUUGGGGUGGGCAGCACGUGCUUGCAGGACAGCCCAGGCCCUGUGGCCAAUCCUAGCCCACCAUGUGCCAGGGUGGCAGUGCCUGCGUUGCUGGAAUGCCCACUGCACCCUCAGCCUCAUCCCCACGGCUCUCCUUUCCUUGCAGGGUGCCGGCCCCGCAAGCAAGUGGUGAGGCAGG